UCAGCGGUUCGACCUCUGCAGCCGGAGACAGACGCGGGUUUAUUCUUCACCACAGUCAGCGAGCUCAAUCAAACAUGUACGCCUGUGCAAAGUUCGUGUCCACACCCGCACUGGUCCGCUCUGGCUCAAGGGCGCUGUACAGACCCCUCUCUGCCUCUGUGCUCUCCAGGCCAGAUGUCAGCUCUGCAGAGGCCAGCCCAGCCUUCCUGCCACAGACCGCCGUUUCCCAGGUUGCAGUGCGGGGUUUUCAGACAAGCGCCAUAAGCCGUGACAUCGACACAGCCGCCAAGUUCAUUGGUGCUGGUGCCGCCACUGUGGGAGUGGCAGGUUCAGGAGCUGGAAUCGGAACAGUGUUCGGCAGUCUCAUUAUUGGAUAUGCCAGGAACCCAUCUCUGAAGCAGCAGUUGUUCUCAUAUGCUAUCUUGGGAUUUGCCCUGUCUGAGGCUAUGGGUCUCUUCUGUUUGAUGGUGGCUUUCCUCAUUCUGUUUGCCAUGUAAAUACUGCUCCGUCCACCUCUUCCCACAGCUGUGACGACGUGUUUUACACUGGCUACCAAAAGAGUUCUGUGUUGGUGUCAUAAAAUUGUACAUUUUCCAAGUUUUGUUGAAGGCUGAAAAGAUAAAACAUGUAUUGUAAAAAUGUAUCCAAAUACAGAAUAAAUACAUGUAUUUCACUAUUUAAAA